AUGUGAUCUUGGCUGUGAUUAGUAUUUCUGAUUAAAUAAACGGAUUGCACGGGUUUGCUGUCGCUCUUCUCGCGAAAUUUGGAGCUAUUGACCAAUAAUGAAGCUAUUUCCGGGUUUAUAUGUGACAGUAGAGGACAGAUCGUCGUAAAUUAAAGAGUUUGGAGUUUGUCGAGGACGGGGCUGUGUUAAUCGAUUGUUCGCUGUUAAGCUAAAGGAAUGUGUAGCCUUGGCUAACACAGAGCUGUGGACAGUCUGUGUGGGUCAGUCUGCUGUGGGUCAGUCUCUGUGGGUCACAUGAAGAGAGUUUGAGGCAGGAUGGCGGAUCUACCAUCAGAGGGAAGUCCUGGAAAGAUCAACUCUUCGGACGAAAACGGACACGCGGACAGUCCAGACGAAACCCUGUCCCCCACCUCUGUCAUCUACUUCAGGGAGGCUCUGAGCUCGUCCAGCGUCAGGUUUGGGUCACCACAGUCCCUGUCCCCCACCCCACCUCGACGGGAUGACUUCCACAUCAAGAAACCCGAGUCCAGGCUCAAAAAUCCCAAAGACCCCAUUGCAAUUGAAAGGCUUAACUUGAUGAACAUGGCCAAACUGAGCAUCAAAGGUCUCAUCGAGUCAGCGCUUAACUUGGGACGAACUCUGGAUUCUGACUAUGCACCUCUGCAGCAGUUUUUUGUUGUGAUGGAGCACUGUUUGAAGCAUGGUUUAAAAACCAAGAAGACGUUCCUCGGUCAGAACAAGUCAUUCUGGGGAGCACUUGAACUGGUUGAAAAGCUAAAUCCUGAGGCUGGAGAGAUAACUGCCAGUGUAAAAGACCUUCCGGGACUCAAGACACCAUUAGGACGAGGGCGCGCCUGGCUCCGUCUGGCUUUGAUGCAGAAGAAACUCUCUGACUAUAUGAAGACGAUCAUCAACAGAAAGGAUCUGCUCAGUGAGUUCUAUGAGCCCAAUGCACUGAUGAUGGAGGAGGAGGGAGCUGUGAUCGCUGGGCUGCUUGUUGGGCUAAAUGUCAUUGAUGCAAAUCUAUGCAUGAAGGGAGAAGACCUAGAUUCACAGGUUGGGGUGAUUGAUUUCUCCAUGUAUCUUAAAGAUGGUGGAAACACGAGUAAGAGUGCAGAGGGUGAUGGUCAGAUCACUGCCAUCCUUGAUCAGAAGAAUUAUUUAGAAGAGCUAAAUAGACAUUUAAGUGCAUCAGUUUAUAAUCUACAGGCCAAGUCUGAUGCUCUGGAAAAAUCAAAUGCACGACUCACAGAAGAGCUUGCUGUGGUAAACAACCGGUUCAUCACUUUACAAGAAGAAGUGGAAAGAGUAAAAGAAGAGAGCUCACAUCAGUUGGAGUCGAGAAAGGCAGUAAGAAGUGACUCUGCAAACGGCCAGGCACUGGGUGAAACUCGCAAGCAGCUCAAAGAGGAAACACAGCUCCGACUGGACGUGGAGAAGGAGCUGGAGGUACAAAUUGGGAUCAAACAGGAGAUGGAGUUGUCCAUGAAAAUGCUGGAGAAAGACGUUUGUGAAAAGCAGGACGCGCUGGUGGAGCUCAGACUGCAGCUAGACGACAUGAGAGCCAUCCACCUACAGCUUAGCCACAAGGCACAGAGCGCAGAGGUCAGCUCCAAACAGAAAAGUGAAGCAAUUAGCCGAUUGGAGGAGAAGAUAAACCAAAUGUCAGGGACCAUAAAACAACUGGAAGCCAGAUGCAAACAGGCUGAGAAAGAGAAGGAAUUGGCCUUAGAGGCCAACCGCCUCUUCAAACUCGAGUUUGGUGAUAAAAUUGAGAGCCUGCAGGAGGAAGUGGAUCAUCUGAAGAAACACAGGUCAAAACUGCUGUGUCAAAUAAGGAGGCAGCAAGAGCAAAAAGGUGAACAUCACGCCAACAUUGUACCCAGGCAGUUAAGUACACCUCAAAGGGAAAGGAGGCAAACUGACACAUCAGCUACGAGUCUGCCAGAAUCUACUUUGGUAAAAAAGGGCAGUGAGCAGUCUCUCUCAGGACAGGAGGACCAGGCCAGUUUGAGCUCCAGCUUAUCUUUAUCACAUCAUGAGGAUGAGCAGGAUGAGUCAUUUUUAGAUAUCAGUCAGACCUCAGUUUGUAUCAAGUGUGAACAGCAAGACUCCCUGCUCAAGGCUAAGAAACAGUGUAAGAACUGCAGCGGUGUCUUCUGUGAAAGCUGUGUAUCCAACGAGCUGCCUUUGCCCUCCUCCAUUCUGCCGGAGUGUGUGUGCAACGACUGCUACAGCCUGCUACUCCAACAAUAUGCUUCAUCCCCAACCUGAAAAUGCUUCUACAGCUACACUGGCCUUCAGAAGAUUUAAAGGAUGAACUGCCAAAAAUAGAAGUAUGCUAAUGCACUUUAUGAAAAAAUUUACUGGAGUCAGAGAUGUCUGUUUGACUAGAAUCAAGGGUGUGUUUUGCAAAUGUGAUGUGGGGGAGAAAUCAAGUGAGGAGCCCAUCAUCUUAUUAAAUUUUAUCAUGUCCACUGUGUGGACCAUUAGCUUUUAGCCAAUGCAUUUUAACACAUUACUAACAAGGGUAAAUUUAUGAAUGGUAUUUGCUCAUGAAAAAUUUUACAAAUGUGCAAAUAAUGUGCCAGUGUGUAGUCUAUGCAAGAUUAACUACAUACUAACAAUUAAACCUCCAAGUUUGCUGUUGUAUAAUUAAUGGUCUAAAAAAAUACAGUGAACUGGAACUAGUCACUGCUAAAUCUGCACAUACCAAGGCUCUUUUUCUCUGCAUUAUGCAAAAUUGUGCAUGUUUGCAAGCAUGAAUAAAGAAAAAUAAUUGAAUCAACAUUCUCAUAUCAUGAUUCAUUAAACCAAGCACAUGUUAAAAUGCAAACCAAAACAGAAUGAGAAAAUACAAAACCAACACAUUUGGCUAAACAGCAGGAAUGUUUAUUUAAUGUUCAUGCUGACUUCAUAUAACUGUUAUUUGUGUUGCUUAAUUACUGUGUUCUGGUCUCACAUAUUCAUUCACCUAUAGAAGAACAAAUGUUUCAUGUUAACAAAGAUUACAAUCUAUUCAUGG